CGUGCGCGUGUGCUGUGGCGUGCGGUUACAGUGUACUGUGCGGGCAUCGGCGGCUGCAAAUGAAAGUUCGGAGCAAUGUCGCACGUUAAGAUCAGAGCGUGCUCCAUAAUACUUAAAGACCACUUUGGCUCCGUUGUGCAGUCUGUCGGCGAAUGUCUUCUUAAAGUGUCAUGGAGAAGUUUGGGCGAAAUAGCAAGGGCGACCAAUCUGCCACUUGCCAAGAUCAAGAAGUCUUUGAUGGUCCUGAUUCAUCAGAAUCUUGUGGAUUUCGAAGCUCAUCCCAAGGGAACUGUCAAGUACUCCAUAAACGCCGACCGCGUUUUAUGUAUGCUCCGAUAUUCGCGUUACAUAUACUGCACAAAAAUGCUGUAUGGUGAUGCAGGUGAAUUCAUUAUUGAGGAAGUGCUGCUGAACGGCAGAUUGUGUAUGUCCCUUGUCCUCCAAAAAGUGCUAGAAAGACUACAAGGAGCUGGCACAGCAGAGGACGUGAAUGAGUUUGACCAUACACAUCCUUUGUUUUUGGCACAGCUGAGUCGUCAGGUGCUGGAAUGGUGCUACAAGGCACUGGCCAACAUGAUGCUGAGGAGGAUUCACAUCACUGAUGACCUUAAACGACUCCUGGACAAGAAGCAGCGGGUGGACCUCAUCUUGUCUACCAUGCAUCCAAACAACUCCACGCCCGAACAGAUUGCAGAGGUUAAAGAAAUGGUCACUCCCCCGGAAAGGAAACAGCUCGCCUACGUCAGGCAUGUCACCUCCAAGAUAGGGCUUGGUGAAGUGCAACUGGAUGAAACCAUCCUCAUACUGCAGCUCUACAUUCUCUCAUUGUCAAAAUAGGCACGUCACCUUCUAGAUAGGGCUCGAUGAAGUGAAGCUGUAUGAAACCAUUCUUAUACUAAAGCUCUAAAUUCAGUCACUGUCAAAAUAAAUUAUGCAAACAUUGCAAUGAC